UUCUAUCAACUUAAGCAGGCUCGAGCCCGACACGUCUCUUCUUCUCCGGCAAAUUCCAGCGGACACUCCGGAUUCUCAGUCCGUCCUCCGCAGCUGUCGAAUCGUGAAGCAGCUCCGACAUCGCAGCGCUCGAGAAUGUCUCUCCUCGUCAACUCUCCUACGUUCGUACUGCUGCAGAAGUUGAGGAAACCCGAUUUGGGCUGUCGUACCAGACUCAACCCUCCGUCGCAGUCUCCACUUUUCGGUACUCAAAGGAGGGGCAUCCGCAGAAACUGCACCGGCUGCCGUAGGGAUGGCGUCCGAGCGUUUUUCCUCAAUCCCACUGAAGAACGCAUCAUUAAGGAAGCUCUCAAGGAACCUGUUGCUUUCAUGGGUGGGAUGUUUGCGGGUCUUCUGAGGCUCGAUCUGAAUGAAGAUCCACUGAGGGAAUGGGUUACCAGAACAGUGGACGCUUCAGGGAUUUCUCAAGAGGAGCUUGAUGCAGAAGGAUCCAAAGAAGCAGAAGAAGAUGCCCCUCAAGAGAUUGAGAUUGAAUGAAGUUCAGAUCAAUUAUUGCAUUAUACCUUCACUGCAUAGUGUAAAGGUAGGCUGAAAUAGCAUGGAAAUCAAGUAAAUUAUCCAUGGAUGUUUCGUGUCUGUCAUAAACAAACGGCGGUAUUGGUUAAUUUCUU